AAUUGAACGGGUGAAUAUUUUUGAGUGACCAUGGAUGAUGAUGUGCAAAUCUCUGCAGCAGCUUUUAUUAUUCUUUGCGACGCUAUAAAGAAAAAGCAACGCAAGAGAAGACGCUAUUGGAUGACGAAUUUAUUUAAAAGUCGCAAUAUUUAUAGUGGCAGCAACCUGUUGAACGAUUUAUCAUUGUCACGCACUGGACAGUUCAAAAAUUUUUGCCGUAUAUCUUGUGAAGAUUUUGAAUAUCUGAUACAUCUAAUUGGGCAUAAAAUAGCGAAGCAAGAAACUACAUUCAGACAACCCAUUCCUGUUAAAGAGAGACUGGCAGUUACUCUACGAUUCCUGGCAACUGGGGAUUCAUACACAAGUUUGAUGUACCUGUUCAAAAUUUCUAAACAGAGCAUAUCUACCAUAGUGACUGAAGUGUGCCAAGCUUUGUGUGACGCAUUGAAAGACUACGUAAAGAUGCCAUCUACUAUAGAAGAGUGGACACAAACUUCCAAAAUUUUCGAAGACGUGUGGCAUUUCCCUCAUUGCCUAGCGGCGUUAGAUGGGAAACAUAUUAUGUUACAAGCACCCAUACAGAGUGGAAGCGAAUAUUACAACUAUAAAUCAUUUCACAGUAUAGUACUACUUGCUUUGGUAGAUGGUCAAUACAAUUUUCUUUUUUGUGACGUUGGUGGUCAGGGUCGCAUUUCGGAUGGGGGAAUUUUUAAAAAUAGUUUAUUAUGGAGAAAAAUCGAAAAGAGAGAACUUCCCAUUCCGGAACCACGGAUUCUUCCUGGCCGACAGAAACGGAUUCCUUAUGUGUUUGUUGCUGACGAUGCUUUUGCCUUGCAUGACAACAUUAUGAAGCCUUAUUCAGGUUUACAUGACAAAGGUACACCAGAAAGAAUUUUCAAUUAUCGCUUGUCACGAGCACGAAGAAUUGUCGAAAACGCGUUUGGCAUAUUGUCCGCUGUUUUUAGGGUUUUGAGAAAACCACUAUUACUGGAGCCUGAGAAGGCACGGCUUGUUGUUUUAACCACUCUUUACUUGCAUAAUUUUUUAAGAAGCGGAAACUCAAAUCAAAUAUAUACUCCGCCUGGAACAUUUGAUAGCGAAGAGGAUGGUUUAUUAAUAGAAGGAACAUGGCGACGUGACGGUAAUCCUGAAAAUUCAUUCUUGCCUAUCAGAAGACUACCGCGAAAAUCUCCUCUAAAUGCACAACAAAUUCGGAACGAACUAGCGGAGUAUUUUUCGUCGAAUGGUGCUGUAUCAUUUCAAGAUAAAUAUGCUUAGGUAAAUGCUACUAUGUAAGUAGGCUGGAAAUAAAUAUAAUCUGAACUUACCGUUUCUGU